CCAAUUUAAGCCAGUCCUUGUCUCCUGUGCAUGGGCGUAUAACACAAUGGCCUUUUCUCGCUCAGCACGAAUCACUCUCCUUCUCGUUAUCGACGUCUUCUUCUUCUUCGUAGAGCUCAUCGUCGGAUAUGCCGUUGGCUCUCUCGCCCUCGUCGCCGAUAGCUUCCAUAUGCUCAAUGACGUGAUGAGUCUCAUCGUCGCCCUUUAUGCCAUCAAGCUUACAAGCGGCCCCUCUGAGAAAAAGGAUCUCUCAUAUGGCUGGCAAAGGGCUGAGAUUCUCGCUGCUCUCGUCAACGGCGUAUUUCUCCUAGCUCUCUGUUUUUCCAUCACAAUGGAGGCCAUUGGGCGGUUCUUCAGCACCCCUGAGAUUUCCAAUCCUAAACUUGUCAUUGCUGUUGGAUCUUUGGGGCUUGUCUCAAACAUCGUCGGCUUGUUCCUCUUUCAUGAGCAUGGUCAUUCACAUGAGCAUAACGCUACCAGUAGACCUCCUUCACCCUCUGCAGAUACAAUGGUAGCAUCUCCAGAGUCUGAGCUUCCCGACUUAUCAACACCAGCGCAAAGGAUACCUGUUCGCUCACCAGGACGCACGAGCGACAAUUCAUACGGGGAAAUGUAUGGACAUCCCGCCGCGACGCGCGCAUCAUUGAUGCAGGCGGCUCAGGAUAUGGCUUCCUCCGUUGGCGCCCCUGGAACUUCCCCGAGCCGCACACGAAGGCAACAUUCGCGACCCAGUGUUCACCUUGCACACCCAAGUGGGGAUCAAGUACCUACACCGUACCUUGACGAUAACACUGAGCAAACCCCCCUUUUGGGAGGCGCAAGUUCCCGUUCGCAUGACCAUCCCGUGUCUUCCACUCCAUCGACCGUGUCCAACGCAAAGAGCGUUAGCCCGUCACCUUCUUCGCACAGUCAUGGACAUGGACACGGACAUGGACAUAAUCAUUCUGGCUCCAUGAACAUGCGAGCUCUCGUCUUGCAUGUUUUGGGUGACGCUCUAGGAAAUGUCGGCGUCAUUGCUACAGGUCUCAUCAUCUGGCUCACAUCUUGGAGCUUUAAGUACUACUUUGAUCCAAUCAUCAGCUUGGUCAUCACCGUCAUCAUAUUCUCCUCUGCCUUGCCUCUUGUUCGCAGUGCAUCGUUCAUUCUCUUACAGGGUGUCCCUCCAAACAUAUCCAUAGAAGAUGUCCGAGAGUCUAUUUGGGCUGUGGAGGGUGUACUUUCCGUACACGAACUGCACAUUUGGCAGCUAUCCGAAAGUAAAGUCAUAGCCUCGGUGCACGUCCUUGCAUCGAGAGAGCUCGACUUUAUGCCUGUUGCCGUUGAAAUCCGUCGUGUUUUGCACCUCCGUGGCAUUCACUCUAGUACAAUUCAACCAGAAUACCAUCCAUCAAGUACCACCGACGCAAUUCCCGAGGAGCACCUCAAGGGAGAAACAUCUUGCCUAAUUCUCUGUCCCGCAGAUGAAAACUGUGAUCCCUUAGAAAACGCGUGUUGUCCGCCCCUGGCACCGUCACAUUCUGACGCAUAAGCUGCUGCAUGUUUGCUGCGUGUCUAUGUGUUUUCCAUUAUAUCAGCUAUCGUAUCCUAUGUAUGCCCAACGGACAGGUACAUUAACCCCACCAUGCAUAAUAGAGCUUGAG